UUAUGAGGGAGGCCGGAUCUAUAGGUCAAUCUCCAAUACAUCAGUGGUGACGUGAAAAAUCCCAAAGUGGAGCCAGCUGAUUGUUGUUGUAAUAACCUGCAAAAAUUCUUGUGAAUCAGGAUGGCGGUAUCUGCAGGCGCCUCCGUCAUACCCAGGAAAGAUGGAUUUUACGAUAAAUACAUUCGUAGCUAUCAGAUUUUAACCCAGGGACAACUGAAGCGACUCAAAGAACAUAAAUAUAGUGCGGAGGGCCAAUCAGUGUUAGAGCCCCCAAUGCAAGUUUUUUGGAGAUGGACUGUGGAACAAGUACCCUUAUGGUGGGCACCGAAUGCUAUCACAAUCAUUGGUUUGAUAAUCAAUAUCGUGACAACAUUGAUUCUGGCAUUUUACAGCCCAGACUGUGUCCAAGAGGCUCCGCGCUGGGCGUACUUCCUCAGCGGUGUCGGGCUGUUUGUCUACCAGACCCUCGACGCCAUCGAUGGGAAGCAGGCCCGGCGGACCAAGUCGAGCUCCCCGCUGGGCGAGCUUUUCGACCAUGGCUGUGACUCCAUCUCCACAGGCAUGGUGAUCCUCGGUGCCAGUAUAGCCAUGCAGCUGGGCCAUCAGACGGGAUGGCUCUUCUUUGAAAACUUGGCGGCCUUUUUCCUAUUUUACGUUGCGCAUUGGCAGACGUACGUCUGUGGGACUCUGAAGUUUGGCAAGAUCGACGUGACAGAAGGGCAGUUUGCGGUGAUAGGAAUCUACUUUCUCACUGCUCUCUUUGGGCCGCAGAUCUGGUCUUAUCAGUUGCCAGUUCUGUCGCUGCAGCUCAAGUUUGUGCCCAUCAUCUUCAGCCUGUUUGGCGCGGCCCUGCAGGUCUCCUGCGCUUUCCAGGUCAUCUUCAUGCAGGGAGGGGUAGGCAAAAACGGAUCCACCGUCGCUGGAACCAGCACGGUGUUCCCCGUCCUCCCCACGACGGUCGUGGUACUGAUAGCGGUGGUUAUACAGCAGAAGUCGCCGUCCCUAGUGUUUGAGAACCACCCGUGUCUCUACCUGCUGGCGUUUGGCUUGCUGGCCGCCAAAGUGACCAACCGGCUAGUGGUUGCCCAUAUGACCAAGAGUGAGAUGGACCUGUGGGACAGCGGUCUGCUGGGGCCCGGUGCGCUGUUCCUCAACCAGUACUUUAACUGUGUGCUCAGUGAAUACCUGGUCCUCUGGCUGUGUCUGACCUGGGUGCUGUUUGACAUCCUGAGGUACUCGGCAGUCGUGUGUCAAGAAAUCUGCGAGUUCCUGGAGAUCUAUUGCUUUACCAUCACUUCCCGACCAAACGCGGGAGGGGACAAGAAAAAUGGCAGCGUUGACUGAGCCUCAUCAUGGCGGAAGUGUCGUGUCGUGUCGUUGAAAAAAGAAUGUUUUGAUGUAUCAUUUUUACCUUGUGCUUGUAUAACUUAUUUUUUUAGGGUAUUUGCAUUACAUUACUGCAUAUUAUGAUGACUUUCAUGUGUUUUUAAUUUAAGAAGCCGUUCUUUUUUUAAAAA